AAUAUUGUGAAUUAAGAGAUCUAAAUUAAUUGUUAUAUUUCCAGUUAUAUAGUAUAUAUAUAUAUAUUUCUAUCUAUCUAUAUACAUACACGUUUUUGAUAUCUCUGGGUUUUCAAGAUUUUCAUUGCUAUAGGCUCUCGACCAGCUCAUUCAUUCAUUCUAUCUCUCGCAGAUCUGUAUUUGUUUUCGUGUGAGGUUUUGUUUGAUGGAUAAAGAUGCUGCACGAACUGCUCAAGAGACCCUCGAGUUAGUUUUUAAAAUGUCAAAUAUUCUUGACACAGGAUUGGACCGUCACACACUUUCCAUUCUCAUUGCGCUUUCUGAUCUUGGCUUAAACCCCGAAGCACUUGCUACGGUUGUCAAGGAAUUUCGUAAGGAUCCACCCCCAUUGGCUACCUCAACGACACCCCCAACUCCAUCGACUAAAUGAUUACCACUUAUGUUUUUGUAAAUCUUAUGUACUGUUAUCAGUCCUGUUUGAACUUUGUUAUGUAUUCUUGAUAGAGUGGAUGCUGCCCAAAAUUUAAUAAUUUAUUAGAUCUCAUGGCGGCCCAACACCCCAACGUUUAUGUUGGGUAGAGGGUUUAUACCUGGUGAAUUGUUUCUAUGGAUAAUCAAAAAUUUCAAUGAAGUUCAAUUUUUACGAGCAAA